AUGGCCACCUUCGUAGCCGCCACGGAAGGCGUCAUAAUAGCUUUCCGGUCCGUGCUUCGACGUGCCCAUCUAGCCACUGAGCGCUUCAAUUGUGGGUUCGACCGUGUCCAAGUGGUGGCUAUGAGCAAGACCAAACAGGUCUUUCUCAUCCGCCAAGUCUACGAUGCCAGGCAUCAGUGCUUGGGGGAAAAUUACGUUCAAGAGCUCAUCAACAAAGCUUCUCAGCUUCCAGACGUUAUUGAGUGGCAUUUCAUUGGGAAUUUACAAAGCAACAACACCAAGCCUCUUCUAGGAUAUUUGAGGGGUUUGGAUCGCUGUGUAAAACCUUCUAGUUCUUCCUCAACGUCAAGUACCUCUAUAGCGUUAGAGAAUGCGAAUUCCAAGAUUAAAGAAUUGAUUGCAAGACAGUAUGAGCUAGAGGCUCAAUUGGCGAAACAAGCAGACAUAGAGAUGCGCAUCAAACAAUAA